AUGCGGAGGAAAGAAGAGCGAAAGCCGGACGCGGUAAACAGCGGCGAGUCUUGCGGGACCUGGGUAGCACCAGACGCGUGCGACGAAGACCGCAGCAGUGACGACGGCGGCGGCGACUGCGACCCGGGCAGCCAGCGGCUGCGUGCCCUGCUCCUCCAGGCGAAACGCGCGGCGUCGGAGUCGGCGCCCUCUUCCUGGUGCGGCGACGACGACGACGAAGAAGAAGAAGAAGGAGGCGAAGAAUAUGGAAACGGCGUCCGUGUCAGCGGCGGGGAGAUUGAGCAGCAGAAGGAGGACAGCCCCAGGGAGAGGGUUGUCGGGAGGGCGGUGUUCGCGCCAAGAUUGCUCCGAUCGGGGGGCACCCCUGGGACGACCCGCGGGGACGACGGCCGCGGAGCCCCCCCCGCCGCCGAUAGAGACGGGGACGACCAAGACGGGGCGGCGGCGCUUUUGGCGGCACUUGAGGACGUCCUCCUGUGCCCGCCCAAGAUCCUCGCGCGAGGCUCGUCCUGCGGCGGGGGGCAGGGAAGAUCCCCUUCCCUUUCCUCGUUGCUCACACGGGCGAGCAAGCCUUGCGACGGCCGCGUUGACGGCGGUGGCGGUGAUGACCCCGAAGCGGGCGGGGGUGGGGACGAGAAGGAGAAGGAGGCAGACGCGGCGGAGGCGGCGGUUAAGGCGGCCCUCGCCUGGAAAGUUCCCCCUCGGAGGCUUUCUUGUGUGCUGGAAGAGUCCGGGCCGGCCGCGGGCGGCGGCGGCGGCCGCCGGGCAGAAUCAGCAGCAACGGCGACGAAGGGCAACUGGGACAGGGUCAAACCGAAGAGCAUUCCGAAGGCGGUACCGGACAAGGUUUCAUACAACGGCGGCCCGGCGUUUUUCAGUCCUUCCGAGGACGACGACAGCGACGCCGGCGGCCUUGGCGAUGUUGUUGUUGUAGGGUUUGGUGAAGAAGGCGGUAAAGGAGUCGUCGCCAGCGGCAGCGUCAAAGACGGCGGCGGCGGCGGCGGCGGCGGCGGCGGCGGCGGCGGCGGCCGACCGACACCCCCGCGGCGGGGGAGCGGGAGCGGGAGCGGCGAGAGUGAGUCCACGCAAUCCGUGGGGGUAGGGUCGACCGCGAUCAUGACCACGCCCUCCCGCUCGCCGAUGAGCAAGGGUGACGAAGACCGCGAAAGACCGGCGCUCGCAAUUACGGCGGGUAGCGGCGACGGCGGCGGCACCGCGGUGGUAACGCGACAAGUCUCAGAAGCCACCAAGUUCGGCGACGACAGCGACCACGACAACGACGACGACGAUGACGAUUCCGGGCCUGUUCUUGCAUGGCCUGCUGGAUCAUCGGCGACUCAAGGCCGGCGAGGAAGCGGGGUCGGUGGCGGCGAAAUCAGCUCUUCUAACGGCCGAGUCCGCCAAGGGUGGGGAGCGACGAAGUCAUCGGGUGGCGAUAGCCCUUCCCUGGCGACUCGCACGCUGAACAGAGAAGAGCGGAUCCGAACCGUGUUCGGCCAGAACGCCGUGGAAGCGGCGGCGGCGACCGUGGCGCCCGCGUCCGGAAGCGACAGCUCGUCGCAGCUCCUGCUCGCGGCGGCCAACCGGAUCUCCGCGCUUCCGGCCCAGGAGCGAUCCCUUCUGGAGGAACUCGACCGCGCCUCGGACGUUGAAGAAGGGGAGGGCGACGAAGACGGCGACGGCGGCGGCGGCGGUUUCGUCGACGAUACCGGCGUUGUCGUCGCCGCCAACGGAGACAAAACGAAUGAAGGCGGACACGAGGAUGGGGCACCCCCUUCCCCCUCCCUUCAGGGUGACGGAACUUCCUCGAGAGCGUCUGCGGAGCCGCCGUUCCUCCGCGUGGGCAGCGGGGGAGGGGAUGGCGGCGGAACGACCCCGUUCCGGUACCGCCGGCUGAUGGGCUUGUCCCGGCGAGGGUGGCCUUCCUGCGUCAACCCGGCGCGAAGGGAGGAGUGGCUUUGUCCCGUCGAGUUCGAGGCGGUGUUCGCGAUGAGCUUCUCGGAGUUCAGGGCGCUCCCCUCCUGGAAGCGGGUCGCCCUCAAGCGAGAGUUGCUCCUGUUCUAAAAGGUGACCGGCGUGGUUGUUUCGAUCCUCAGAUGCUUGUGCCUGGCCUGACAAAAGGUUGCCGGUUUAGUGUUCCUCAGGUAUUGUCUAGCCUGGGAAGGGUUGCAGUUUUUUCCCUCUUUUUUUUCCAGGUGCUGCCCGUCCGCCUCAGCUGUUGCGGUAGUACAUUAUGGAUGGUAUUCGCCGGUCCGUACGUGCGUCGUUUGAUUAUUGCCGCAAAAGUUGGGCGAAGCAUGACCACGCGGGAUCGGCCAGUCGCGUGCCGCGGUUCGAUUGGCGCUGUGUUUUAGCGUCUAACGAGAAAGGAUUGUCUGGGUGGAGUCUUGCUUUUGUCUUCCCCGGCGCCCUGCAGUCGGUUUCCGAUUCCUGCGACGUGUCUCUCGUGCAUGCCGAGUGAUCUUUUUUCGGAAUCAUGGAGGUCGGUAUAAACUACCUCAAACACACGACGUUUGGCUCAUUGUCUUACAGCACGCCAACAUUGGUGGGGUGCUCUUGCGCUUGUGGUGUCGGCUGCGUUCGUUUGUUUUUACACGGCGUUGUCAUGGCCGUGUCAUCGUGUGCGGACGGAGGCGCGAAGAAUGAGCGCUGCCCGAAGCCUUGUCGUGCCUUUGCAGGGCGUUCGGUUCGCGUGGAUCUGGGAGAUUCGUUGGUCCGGAAGCUAACAGCCACAAGGCCCACGUCGUUAUGUACCCACUCGUCACUCAAUUGUAUGUUUUGUGGAGGUGCUGAGUCCGAUGGAGGAACCGUGUAAACGAAAGCUGUUUCGUGAUUUACAAGAUACACGUGUUGGUGAUCAUCAUGCUGCUGUGUAGAUGGAUGGUGUCUUGCUCGGUUUUUGUUCGGUCGAAACCUGAUGGAGGGCACGGUGGGGGGUUCGCAGAGAUGCGGGUUCUAAGGGGGGGGGUAUCAUGUACGUACAUUAGACCAAUGGUCUUGACUGCUGUAUUUAGAGUUAAUAUUUAUUGAUGGAGUGAGCGAACGAAGCAAGUCUGCUGCGGUUUCGAAAGUUAUGGGUCAUCCCCUCGUUCUUGGUAAGGGUAUGAUAUGCAUAAGGUGUAGAGUGUGCUCUUUGUUGAAUCGCAUAGCGUGUGAGGCGUUCGUUGUGAAGUCCUCCUGCGAUUCAGGAGCCAAGCCGUUUGUGUGCUGUUUUUCUGUGGUGUUCGUACUUGGAUAAACUAAAUAUUCGAAAGUAAGAGGGAAAACUAAUUGAUGCCAUACAUCCCUAUCCCUAACUUGUCCUAAAAUACAGUAUCCCAAGUUAUUUUUGCUUCUCAGUUUGGCGGUGUUCGUCCUGGAUUACUUGCUGCAGAAGGGGGGGCGGGUAAGUACUAUUGAGAUAAUUAAGUUGCUUCGUGACCGUCAUGUCAGCGGUGUUUUGUUUUUUGCGCGAUUGUCGUACGGUACGAACCACCGUGGAACCUAGGGCCGUUUGAUGUUAUGGAUAUUGUAUCGUGCGGGUGAAAAGUGUUCGGCAGCCCUCGCGGGCAUGAGGUUGGUUGCUGUUAUGUUGAAAGAGAGGGAGGGCCAGGGUAUUGUGUGUGGGGCACGCCGCGUUUUCAAGACAAGACGAGGGAAUCGGUUGUAGCUAGAGUGUUGUCAUUUUUUUUUUGCCUCGUCCCAUCGCAUGCAUCGGC